UUACUUGCUUUUUAUUUCUUUACUGAUCUUGCAAUGCCAAGGAUUACCACUGACGACAUAAGGUCUGUGACAUGCAUUUCAAGGCAACUAAUGCACUGGUUGGAAAUGUUAUGCAGCGGUUCUGUCAACAGUGCAGCAGGUUUCAUGCUCUUCGAGAGCUGGAUGAAGGGAAGAGAAGUUGCCGUAAGGGUUUGGCUGGCCAUAAUAGGAGGAGAAGAAAAACACAUCCUGAUACUGUACUUAAUGGAGGCUCUUUAAAUAAUGAAAGCAGAAGCAGUUAUCCAUUGGUUAGCUUGCCGAGAAUACUCUCGAAUAGACAGCAGCGGCUGUUUUGGGGGAGAAGCAUACAUAGACGGGAUAGAUGUACCUCUGCAGCACGGGAUAAUGUUUAUAAUCCUUUGCAAAUUGUGAGCUUCGUUCAGUGGUAAUUGUUGAUAGGAGUUUGAUGGGGUCUGAUUACGCAAGUAACACUUGAUUUUUCAGGGGCUGGUGGCUUAUUUUUACACCGGAGACGGAGAUUUAGUCGUCUUAAAAGGUUAGGGAAACCUGAAUGUCGUUGAUUGUUUUACAAGUUACUUGUUUUUAGAUCGCACUUUGUCUUCCCAGUCAGUCAUGUAGGCACACAUAGAAGACGUUCUAUGGUUGGAACUUACUUAUGUGUUAAUGUCUUAAGCGAUAGCUUGAAGGGCAAGCUUCACAGCAUGCCGAAAGAAACUUGACAAGGUCAAUACUCAAGCUUAAUCUAAUCCGUACUCAAGCUUAAUCUAAUCAUGUAUUUCGUUUAGUAAUUUUUCAAUGGAAACCAUUACGAGCUUGUUUGAUAAUCACUUCUGCUUUAAUUUUUUCGUUUUACUGUAAAUAAAAUGAAAAUAUAAAACUUGUUUGGUAACAACUUAUUAUAAAUAAAAUCAUGACCGUUGGAAUUGGAUGGACAUGAUUGUGCCACGCCUCAUAGAGCUGUUGAAGUAGCUAUUAUGUGUGCAACAGACAAUUGGGGCGGGCACCAUGCACAAC